UUUGAAUUUGGAGCGUCCACAAGUCGGCAUUCGUUAGUUCUUGUCGCAAUGCCGAAGCAAAUUCAUGAGAUCAAAGAUUUCCUUCUCACUGCAAGAAGGAAGGAUGCUCGUUCCGUGAAAAUCAAGAGGAGCAAAGAUGUGGUGAAGUUCAAAGUUCGAUGCUCCAAGUAUCUGUAUACUCUCUGUGUUUUCGACUCUGAGAAAGCAGACAAGUUGAAGCAAUCUCUUCCACCAGGUUUGAGUGUGCAAGAUCUUUGAAAGAAUGGUUAAAGUUUCUCGAAUGCAAUCACAAGAAGACGACUAGAUUUUUUUUUAAUAUUUUUUUAUGAGAUCUUUUUUGGAUUUGCAGUUGUAGUGAUCCAUAUUCCCUUCAUUUCCCAGUGGGGUUUAUGGAAAUUUAGAAUUGUUAUGUCUAAGUUUAUUGUGUGGAAACUAUCUUACCCUUGCACUGUUUCUUUAACCAACAUUAGCUUUGAUAAGCUCAGCCUUUUUUUUUU